UUGGGGGGAGAAAUUUUCCCCUAUAUAUUAAAAAACAUCUCUCUCCCUAACGAUAACAUUAACGACCACUCACAUGAUGGUAUGCAGCUCACUCUGUUUUUCCACUCUUUCUCGCCUUAUCCCCACCGCCUACAAACUGCCGCCGCAGGGAAACGGCCGCACCGUUGAGCCGAUUCUGCAACUGGGUCGCCGAAAAACAAGCCGGAGAGGCGUUUCGGUGGUGACGCGCGCGGGGCCGAGCUCCACCAGCUAUAUAUUUGCCUUCGUUUUCCCACUUUCUCUGCUUGCAGUAACUAUUUUCACUUCUAUAAGAAUUGCUGACAAGCUCGACGACAAGUUCCUUGAAGAGCUUGCCAUAAACCAAGCAAUACUGGAAAAUGAAGACAAGGACGAGGAAGAAGACCCAGUCCCCCAGAAAGAAGCUGCACCAGUUCGUAGCCGUAAUCGUCCCAAACGACAGGUUGAGUCGUCAUCUACGUAGCUCUGGUUUAGGUUAACAGAAUACACACACAAGCAGGUACAAGAAUGUUUUAUUCCUUUAUUGUUAUCUCACGAUAACUGCUGUAGCUAUCUACUGUUGUUUCUAUUUUUGUAUGUAUCUGGAUGGGUAUAGAAUUAUGUAAAGUAUGUCAUCAUCAGUUACCUAAGUAGUACCGAUUUCGUUUCUGUU